AUGGCGAACCCAGACCCUAUUUUCUUGAAAGUGCAUUUACACUAUAACGGUGUUUUUACAAGACACCCACAUAGAUAUACUGGAGAUAGAUUUGUUGGAGAACCUUUUGAGAAACUUUAUUACUUAGCACGUGAUCUCACUAUGGCAAAUGGUCUUAGGGUAAUAACUAACGAAAUGGAUUAUCAAGUGUUUAUUGAUGUUGCUUAUCAAUCACCUGAAAGGCAAAUAGACCUGUAUUUAGAUCAUAUUGGGGAAGCAUUUGAGGAUUGGUUCGAUGAAGAAAGUGAUGAAAGUGGUUCAGUGAUCCAGGGGGAUGACAAAGAAACUACACAAUGA